UGGAUGCUGAUUGGCGUCUGUGUCCACUCAUAUCGGCAAGCUGGAGCGACCGAGAAGCCAAAAGGCCGGACGUCGACCCGAGAAUUCUGGCGCGCCACGUCAAUGGCGAUGUCCGUCCGUCCACGGGCAACUUGCGAUACUGACAGCAUCACCUACGGUGUCUGGCCAUGACAAGCCGUCUGGAGCCAUCCUCGGCUUCCUCGGUCCCCAACCCAUCGCUCCCGGGUGAUGAAAGGACGUGGGCAGAGAGCGAUGUUGGGCCUGCGUCGACAUGGUCCAGCGCGCUGCAAUCUUUCGCCGCCACCAUCUCGUCUUUUGCCUACCCUUCUGCCAUUUUCUGGAGUCGACAGCUGAUUCUCUUGCACAACGAGGCCUGGGUGGAAGUCAGUGACGUUACCGGCCAGGGUCAGGCACAGCGUGACAAACUCGCUGCGAGUGUUUGGCAUGCCCUAGCCACCUCUCUCGAUGGUGGCCUACCCGGUCGCAUACUCGAUCGCCACUUCUUGCGAGAGAAGACACGUGUGCACGACGGAUACAUCGUCCUCCUCAGCCCGCUUUUUGACGAGUCUCGCGGCGACGACCCUGCCGGAGUCCUCGCCCAGCUCAUCCCCCAGCAAGCAGUGCCCGAUCAUGGCAGUACGCAAGACGCCGAAAGUCGGAGUGCCGUCGAUAAUAACGCAGCCGAUGCAUCGGCGCCGCCCAUUAACGACUCUGGGGACGCCACGUCUCGCGACAAACAUCCUUUCUUCCAUCGCUUCGCCGAGAUGCUGCCUACCGGCUUGGCCAUCAUCGACAACCGAGCAGAGUCUGUCUACGUCAACAAGCGUUUCUACGAGCUGACGACGCAUCACGGACCGGAUAAAACGUUCACGUCCUGGCCAAAGAGCAUACAUUCGGACGACUACGACCGCGUUAUGCACGCCUACCAAGAUGCCGUUCGCGAUCAGAAGGAAAUGCGCGUCGAGUUUCGUGCACUCGGGGAGGAGGUCUACUGGCGUUUACUGUUGCUAACGCCUGUCCGAGGGGAAAACCUAAAACACGUGCACUUGGAGGGAUCUCAUGGCUUUAUCUGUACCAUUGUCGACAUCACGCCUGAAAAGAACGCCGAGAUUUCCGAGCGUGAGGCUGCUCGGGAGGCUGUGGAGCGCAAGAAGCAGCAGGAGAGGUUCAUUGACAUGAUCUCACAUGAAAUCCGAAACCCCCUGUCCGCAAUGCUGCAUUGUACCGAGGACAUUGAAACUGCGAUCAACUGCACGUCGCCCGAUGUAGAUGUCGAGGGCAUUCGCGAAGCGCUCGAGACCAUCGACCUGUGCAUUUCCCACCAGCGCAAGAUUGUGGACGAUGUGCUCAGCUUCUCCAAAUUGGACUCUUCUAUGUUAGCACUCGUCCCCAGGCCCACCCAGCCAAGUCUGCACGUUGCCGAGUCCCUCAAAAUCUUUGGGCCGGAGUUCCGCAAGCAAGAGCUGGAGCUCAAGUUUCGGAUUGACACUUCGUACGUGGAAUGCGACAUGUCCUGGGUGAUGGCGGAUCGGAACCGCGUGGGGCAGAUUCUCGUCAAUCUCCUUACGAAUGCCAUCAAGUUCACCGCCAAGAGCGAGGGCGAAAGAGCAGUCACUGUGUCGAUUGGUGCUAGCCCGGAGCGGCCUACGUCGUACCCUCCGAAUGUGGUGUUUUUCGAUUCCGACGAUCGCGCAUACCGCAUGGACGCGACAAACACCUGCGAGUGGGGCAAUGGAGAAACGCUGUACGUCCUGGUGGCUGUCAAAGACACGGGCAUUGGCAUCAGCAAGGAACGUCAGAUGAUCCUGUUUGAACGUUUCAGACAGGCCACGCCAAAGACUAGUGAGGUUUACGGUGGGACUGGCUUGGGCCUCAACAUCAGCCGCAAGCUAUGUCAUCUUCACGGCGGGGAAAUCGGCGUGGCUUCGAAGGAGAAUGAAGGAUCUACCUUCUCCUUCUUUUUCAAAGUUCGGCGAACGAGCGAUCCGGACGAAGAGAGCCAUGAGGAUCGUGAAACCGAAGACACGGCCAAUGUGAAGCACCACAUGGAGAAGCAAGGCCUUGAAUCGCCCAGCCACGUGGACGAAGGCUCCAUCCCCGAGUCUGUCCAAUCGCCUCCAGUGCGCAACGUCUUUGAAUCAAUGAGCCCUAAUGGAACCCGUGACAAGAGAUUCCAGGAGACGGCAGACGCCGCUGGCCAGGUCGCCCAGCCCGAACCUGAUAUCUACGCAAUGUGCGAGCGCCCGGAGUCUGCAAAGGAGCAUGCAAGGGACGAGUCAUUGCAAUCGCCGGAGAUCGCCAAACCGGAGGCCGAGCUUGACAAGGCCCUCCUUACGACCUCGCUUCCAGGCCCGAGGAAGAUUCACAUCCUGCUGGCUGAAGACAACAUUGUCAAUCAGCGCAUCCUCCUCCGUAAGCUGCAGAGGCAGGGCUACCACGUCACCACGGCCAACAACGGGCAGGAAGCGAUGGACGGCGUGCGCAAAGCGCCCAAGCUGACGAGCGGCGAGCAAGACGCUUUCGACAUUAUCCUCAUGGACCAGGAAAUGCCGGUCAUGGAUGGCAAUGCGGCGACAAUGGGAAUCCGCAAGAUGGAGCGCCACGGCGAGGUCGAGCAUCUCCCGAUCUUGGGAGUGACGGCGAACGUCCGAGACGAUCAGCAGGACGAGAUGCGCGAGAGCGGGAUGGAUGAUGUGAUUAGCAAGCCGUACAAGAUCACCGAGCUGGUGACGAAGAUGGAAGCGUUGCUGAAGGAGAUGAAAUCGGGCGGAUGACUGGCCCCGUGAGCGUUGAUUUUGGCUGAAAAAGGCGCGGUGAUGACAAUCUCACAUGACAGGGCAAUGAUACAUGAACGGCGUGUGUUGAGCAGUGAGUCGCAAAGGCGCACAGCGGGUUGAAGUGAGAUGCGCCCAGGAGGACGCUUCGUAUCUGUACAGUACUCGGCCGAGCUGGAUAGAGUAGGCGAGCUCGAAAGGCGGCACGUCAAUACAUGUAGAAGCAAAACGAUACGGGAUACAGAUCAGUAAGCAUGA